UACCGUUGUCCUACUUGCCGAUGAUGUUUAUUGCCCGUUUAAUGAGUAACUCCACCAAGUGAACAAGGUAAAGGUGUGGAGGAUGACUUCUAAAAAGAGGUCACACAAGCGUAACCGUUGCUCCCUGACACGAAGACAUAACAGCUGAAUCUCUUUCUCUAACAAUAAUAAUCAUCAUUUUUCACGUUGAAGGAUUUGGAGGAGGCCAUCAUGCUGACGUCCACUUGAGCGCUUCGGGUCGCUUCAGACGUUUGUUUCAAUUUUCUGCUGCAAUGAACCGCGGAACAAAUUUGUCUUCCCUGAACGCUUGCUUCCUCCUCUCCGUGUGUCUUCUGGCAUCACCUUCUGGCAGCAGCAGCAGCAGCAGCCUGUGGGGCCAGAAGGCCCACUUCAGACUCCGGCCAUGUUUGUGGGAGCUCAAGCCGGGUACCGUGGUGCCGCCCCUCCGGGACCUGACCGCGUGCCUGCUGAUGCGACGUGCCUAUGACACAGAAUGGACCGCUUUUGUCUACAAAGCUCCGGGGAGGAAACACGUGGAGUUGGGCAUAGGGGGAACGGGGGCACAGCUGCUGGUGCGGAUUUUCGGCCAAGAAUGGCACCUGGACCUGGAAUUGAAGGUGCACCAGUGGUAUUCAGUCUGUCUCACCUGGUCUGGUGAGUCCAAUAGGCUGCAGCUCUUUGUGAACGGGACUAUGGUCAACGAGGCCUCGCUCUCGGACGCCUACGCACGCAGGCGUUUGGCCCCCAACGGCACUUUGACCCUGGGGGUGUCUCAUUAUGUGGACGCCAGCGGGUACGUGAAACCGGAGGAAGGGAGCAACCUCUUGGGGGAGAUCAGCCAGUUCAGGAUGUGGGCGAGGGCAUGGAACAACGAGGAGCUGCGGGGGUGCUCGUGCGCGGACGGAGAUGUCGUGAUCUGGGACCAGCGCCAGUGGAAGUACAACUGCUCCCCGGAGGAAGACGCAAACCUGCGCUGCGCAUGGUCCUCCUUCAAACUCAGAAUGCAGACAGCCUUCACAAGCACAAAUCAGACGGAAAAUUGUUCAGAGUCGAUGAAGGAAAUCACGAGACAGUGGCUGGAAAACAUUUUCCCUCUUGGCAUUUCCGUCAGCGAUGUAUCUGUCCACUCAUCUGCCAGUCGUACAUGCGACGCGCAACCACCUCAGGUGUCAAAAGCCGAGCCAACGACAACCUGUAACAAAAGUUUUAGCGCUGAGGUCGACAUCCUGGUGGAUCCUGCGAGCAGUGUUGAAGUCGUCCAGGCCAGCAUUUCCAGUACGAUCUUCUUUAAUGACCCGUUUGACAUGGUGGUGGAACCGAACAGCGUCCGUGUACUGCCCGUGGUCCAACCAGAUGUGUUCCUGAGGGUCUCGCUUCAAUUGAACCUCACUGGCAGCGCUGCAAAACCAGAAGAAAUAAUUGAGCAUUGGUUGAAAGAAACGCUGGAAGUGAACAGGACUGCGCACGUGUUGAACGUCGUCAUAGAAGAUGUUGCCCGGAGGAGCCCGGAGGGAUUUAAUGCACAGAUGCGUUUUCAAGCGCAACCCAAACAAUACAAAUGUGACUUCCAUGUUCAGGAUCACGCCGCCAGCCAGAUUGAGGAAAUCCUGUAUUUUAUAAAUGCCACCUUGACGCUCAAGUAUGAAUAUGAAAACGGCUCGGUUGUUAUUCAGUCGACAGAUCUGGACCUCAAACAAAUAUUUCCGAGAAAUUGUGCGGAAGAGUUGAUGUCGACGAUCUACGGCGAAUACAUUUGGCCUGAAACCUUUCCUCAAAUUGAUCAGAUGAUGGGAUGCAGAAAACCGAGCUGGGCGCGAGCCUUCAGGCUUUGUGAAUUACACAUUGAAAACGACACAACGAGCUGGGCCCAACCGGACAUGACGAGAUGCACCCCACUUGACCUUGAAAACAUCACGGUCACCACUGACAACGCCGCCGAGGUCGUGGACAUAAUCCAGGGCCUGGUAAACGCCACGCUGGGCAACGCCACGCAGAUUCCGCCCUCUGAGCUCAACACGGUGGUGGAGAAACUGAACCAGGUGGUGAACGUCACCACCGUCACGCCGACACUGGGCGACAACAUCGUCAGGAUUUUCUCCGACAUCUUGGUUUCCGAGACGGACGUGGCACCGGUGGCUGUCAGCGUCCUCACCCUGACCGAUAAAAUGGGCAAUACGAUGGAUUUUCCAAAUGAAUCACUAAGUUUGACGGCCCCUUCACUGGCGUUGUCCAUGAUCGACGUGGAUCCUCAGGGAUUCGAAGGCCUCACGUUCAGCGCGGUCUCCGUCUCUUCGUUCACGGAGCCGAGUGUAUUUGUCAACCAGACUUUUGAAGGCAAACCAAUCCAAGAGGCGAAUGUGACCAUAUCGCUACCAUCUGCGCUCUACAACUUCCUUCCACCUGGAAAAGGGAAUAAAACUCGGGUCCACUUUCAGUUCUACGGGACACAAGACCUUUUCCAGGACCCCGACACAGCCGACGCAAGAACGCAAAGCAACUUGCUGUUGAACUCUUUUAUCGUGUCCGCGAGCAUCAACGGUAGCCACGUCAGCGACCUGGACGACUCCGAGAGGGUGGUGAUCACGCUGCACCACCGCCAAGCCAAGAGGCCGGAUGACACGGUGCUGUGUGUAUUUUGGGAUUUUCAAGACAAUGGUGGGCGAGGGGGCUGGAGCAGCACGGGUUGCGAAACCCGGACUCUUUCGCCUGAUCGGACCAGCUGCCUGUGUGAGCAUCUCACGCAUUUCGCUGUCCUGCUGGAUGUGUCCAGAACGCCCGUCAGCGAGGGCGACAGCCGCAUUUUAAGCGUCAUCUCGAACAUCGGCUGCGGUUUCUCCGCCAUCUUCCUGGGGAUCACACUCGUCACUUACCUGGGUUUUGAAAAGCUGCGCCGUGACUAUCCGUCGAAAAUCCUCAUCAAUCUGUCGUCCGCCUUGCUGGGUCUGAACAUGUUUUUCCUGCUGGACUCGUGGCUCUCGUCCUUUUCCGACUACAGCUUGUGCAUCUUCGCCGGCGCCGCGCUGCACUACUUCCUGCUGGCCUCCUUCGCCUGGAUGGCCCUGGAGGCCGUCCACAUGUACUUCGCCCUGGUCAAGAUCUUCAACACCUACGUGUCCGCUUACAUCCUCAAGUUCUGCGCCGUCGGGUGGGGUGUUCCUCUGGUGAUAGUCAGCUUGGUGCUGGUCAUAGACAAAGACGCCUACGGCGACACUCACUACGCAGAAGCCGCAGCCAAGAUGAGUUCUAACUACCAGUUCUGCUGGCUGCAGAACGACAUCGUCUUCUACGUGGCGGUGGUGGCUUUCUUACUGCUCGUCCUGUUGAGCAACGGCUCCGUGUUCGUGGUGGUUCUGCUGAAGAUCCGGCGGAUGGGCGUCGACAGAAAGACGUCGAGCGGCGGACGCGGCGCCCUGCGGGAGUUGAGGGCGGUGGCCGGCCUCACCGUUCUGCUGGGCCUGACCUGGCUCAUCGGCUUCUUCUCCUUUGGACCCGGCAAAGUGGCCAUGAUGUAUCUGUUCGUCAUCUUCAAUACUCUGCAGGGGUUCUUCGUUUUUCUCUUCCACUGUCUGAUGAAAGAAGACGUGAGGAAACAGUGGCGAACGCAUUUGUGCUGCGGCGACCGUUCAGACUGCAGCGGGGCAGCGGGAGGCCCGCGCGGGAAGGAGAAUCUUAUCAAGUCCGGCUCGUCUGUAAAGGACACCUCGAUCAGGAACACUUCGGAAUCGGAAGAUGGGCCAGAAAACCGCCAGGGGGCCUAAGCGUGCCUCUAAAGUUUAACGAGGCAAAUAGACACAUGCGUGAAAUUGAAUGUAAAGGAUGAAACCUCAGUAAACUGCUGUAAUAUUAGUCAGUUCUUCGCAGAGGAUAAAGAAUAUAUGCCUGUGGGUGUUCCUAUGUUACCAGUCUACAUGCAUUGCGCCACUGUUUGUGUUCAAAUAUCCAUUUUUAACGCGUUAUGACCCCCACUACCUGCAUACUGAUGCUAUUCAGUAUUCAGCAGAACGACGGCUCGUAUCUCGAAAAAUCUCCGAAUCAGUUCACUCGCAUCUCAAAGCACGGCGGGAUCUUUGUCGACAACAUAUAGCGACAGUCGUUAAAAUUAAAUGCCCUUCUACUAGACGGCAGGAAGUACACAAUUAAUUUCUGUACUAACUUUUGUGGCAU